AUGACCCAUUCCACAGCCGACAUGAAUUUAUUACAUACGGCUCAGGAUGGAUUACCACUCACUGAUAAUAUUAAAGAAGUUAUUCCUAUUGGUUACAGCCCUUCAAUUUACCCGGGAUCCAAGCAUACGUUUACUCCGAAGGAGAAACAUAGUUUUUACUUUGCAAAAGAAGGUAAGAAGAAAUUCAACGCCAAUGAAACUGCGCAGAGAUACAAAUAUCUUUUAGAUAUCUCAGAUGUAUUCAGCAAAUUCUUAAUUUCCAAAUCAGAAAAAGAUUCACGUUUUGCUGAGGUGUUGCACACUCUACAGAAAGAGAAGGCAGCGGAAACGAAGGCCGAGAACAGGAGACAGAGAAAAACGGAAAAGGAGGAGGACGAAGAACUUUUAAGAGAACAAAAUGAACCUGAUGUCAGCGAUGAAAAGACAUUUGAAUUUACUGAUAGUCCUGCGUACGUCAAUGGAUUGCUAAGAACGUAUCAAGUUCAGGGUCUAAACUGGUUAAUCUCGUUGGAUGCAAAUCACCUUUCUGGAAUAUUGGCUGACGAGAUGGGUCUUGGUAAAACUUUGCAGACCAUUUCGUUUUUGGGAUACCUUAGAUACAUAAGAAAGAUUCCCGGUCCUCAUUUAAUCGUGGUUCCAAAGUCUACUUUGGAUAAUUGGAAAAGAGAAUUCACCAAAUGGACGCCGGAAGUCAAUACGGUAGUGCUAACAGGUAAUCGGGAAGAAAGAACUGAGAUCAUUAAGGAGAGAAUUAUGUCAUGUGAUUUUGAUGCUUUGAUUUCUUCUUAUGAAAUCGUCAUUCGUGAAAAAGCUAUAUUGAAGAAGUUCAACUGGAGGUAUAUUGUAGUGGACGAAGCACAUAGAUUAAAGAACGAAGACUCUCUUUUAUCCCAGAUCAUUAGAAUGUUCCAUUCGAAGAAUAGAUUGUUGCUCACCGGUACUCCCUUGCAAAAUAACUUACAUGAGUUGUGGGCAUUGUUAAACUUCUUACUGCCAGAUAUCUUUUCUGACUCUGAGACUUUUGAUGAUUGGUUUUCCGGCGCAAAGGAGGUUGAAGAUGAGAGUGACAGACCGAACCAGGAUUUGGUCGUUCACCAGUUACAUAAGGUUCUUCAACCGUUCCUUCUUAGACGGAUCAAAUCAGAUGUGGAAAGGUCUUUGCUUCCCAAAAAGGAGUUGAAUGUCUACGUUGGAAUGUCAGACAUGCAAAAGAAAUGGUAUCAGAAGAUAUUAGAGAAGGAUAUAGAUGCUGUCAAUGGGGCCAACGGUAAGAAAGAAUCUAAGACAAGAUUGCUCAAUAUAGUUAUGCAAUUGAGAAAAUGCUGCAAUCAUCCUUAUUUGUUUGAUGGUGCUGAGCCUGGUCCUCCUUAUAGUAACGAUGAGCAUUUGGUGUAUAACUCUGGUAAGAUGCUUGUGUUGGAUAGACUAUUGAAGCGACUGAAGGCGCAGGGAUCCAGGGUGUUAAUAUUUUCCCAGAUGAGUCGUAUGCUUGAUAUUUUGGAGGAUUAUACUGUUUUCCGUGGCUGGAAGUAUUGCCGAAUUGAUGGACAAACGGAUCACGCGGAUCGUAUAAAGGCUAUUGACGAUUAUAAUGAACCAGGAUCCAGCAAGUUCUUAUUCCUCUUGACCACGCGUGCUGGUGGUUUGGGAAUAAAUUUGACAUCUGCCGAUGUUGUUGUUCUAUACGAUAGUGACUGGAAUCCCCAGGCCGAUUUGCAGGCUAUGGACCGUACACAUCGUAUAGGCCAAAAGAAGCAGGUGAAAGUGUUUAGAUUUGUGACCGAAAAUGCAAUUGAGGAGAAGAUUAUAGAGCGUGCAUCUCAAAAAUUGCGAUUGGAUCAAUUGGUAAUUCAGCAAGGACGACAGCUGGCUUCUCAGGAUCAUAAAACUAACUCUAAGGAGGCAUUAUUAACGAUGAUUCAACAUGGUGCUGCCAAUGUAUUGAGAACCCAGAACGGCGAAGGGGACGACGGCAACGUGAAGAAGGAGAUGAGUGAUGACGAGAUUGAGAGAAUCUUGCAGCAAUCAGAGAAGAAGACGCAUGAGCUGAAAUCAAAGUUUUCAUCUUUGGGUUUUGACGACUUGCAAAACUUUACUUCUGGUGAUUCUGUGUACGAAUGGAACGGCAAGAAUUUCGAGAAGAAGAAGCCUUCGACCGCGGACAGUACAGGAUUGGGUAUUGGCGCAUUUUCGUGGAUUGGUCCUGCGAAAAGGGAAAGGAAAAGCAACUAUUCUGUUGACCAGUAUUACAGAGAAGUGUUGAAUACGCAUGGAGGAAGUAAACCACAUAUCGAAAACAGAGAUAUUAGACAACCAAAGCAUCUCAACCUGUAUGAUCAUCAGUUCUAUCCUACUCAGUUGUGGAUGUUACACGACAUGGAAAUGAAUCAUUAUAGAAAAGUUGUCAAGCAAGGGGCGGAAUUGGUCAAAGGUCCUAAACAGACAAUGAUGCUACGAAAGUUGGACCAGCAAUUGGACCAAGCAGAGAUUGAUCACUCUCGGGCGUUAACCCCAAAAGAGGAAGAAUUAAAGCAGGAACUACUUGAUCAAGGAUAUGGAAAUAUGUUGAGACGUGAUUUCUUUCAGUUUAUUGGAGCCUGUGCGAAGUAUGGACGAAACAAUAUGGAGGCUAUUGCUUCGGAGUUUCCAGAGAAGACGCUAGAGGAGGUGAAAGAGUAUGCUGGUGCAUUUUGGGAAAACUUUCGCGAAGUGGAUGGCUACGAAAGGCAAUUGGGACAUGUCGAACAGGGUGAAGAUAGAAUCCGAAAAAACAUCAUACAAAAAGAAAUGCUUAGAAGGAAAGUCAGCCAGUACGAGUACCCAGUAGAGGAAUUGAAGCUCAAAUAUCCACCACAUAGCGCUUCUAAGAAGAUGACGUUCAACGAAGAUGAAGACCGGUUUCUUAUCAUUCAGAUGUUUCGAAUUGGGAUUGAUAAUCCGGACAUUUACGAGUUGAUACGUCAAUCCAUCAAUGAUAGCCCUAUGUUUAGAUACGACUACUUUUUCAACAGUCGAACAGCCACGGAGUUGAACAGGCGGUGUAUUACAAUAUUAAGCUCUCUUCAAAAAGAGUUUGCGAAACAGCUUCCCGAAUGGAAGCGUGAGAGUAGUAGUGUUCCUGAGAGAAAGACCAAGAGAAGAAGAUGA